AUGGAUACCCACACAUCAGCCGGUGGCUCUCCGGAAAUCGCCAGCUACUAUGAGUUAAGCUGGUCGAUUCUAAGCAGCAUUGGACUGUUCACAACACUACUGAGUAUCUGGACCAUGGUCAUCACACGGCCCACCCCCUUGAGCUUUAUCCCCACCAUCGUCUCCGCAGCUGGUGCCGUGGCCAACGGACUCUGCUACUUUUCCUUCUACACAUCAUCUCCUACUGGAGACCGAGCAGCCGCCAGUGCCAUUGCCGAUAUCCUCUGGCUGGUGCAAGAAGCAGGCCUUUCCUUCUACAGCUACCAAAUACUACUACACACUCUCCGGGACUCGACCCGGGUACUCUUCCUUUCCCUUUUCUGGUUUUUCAUGGUUGCCAUUGGCUCCAUCCGAAUGGCUAUACUCGCCAGCAGAGUCCUCGAAAUCACUGAAGAAGGCGUGUCCUCCCAUUCUGCCGGCCCAUUACAACACCGAAUCGAUUAUCUGCAUGUCGGCUACUUCACGACUAUCGCAUUGGUCGAAACAUGCAGUUCUUUCUUUCUGAUUCGCCUUCUCCACAAGGCAUACCGUGCCUCUCCUAAAGUUUCCUCCACGAGACUGGUCUUCCGGUAUAUGCUCCGCACAACCGAGAUGCGCGUCGCUAGCCUCUGCAUCAUCGGGAUCACCCGUGCAGUCACGUAUUCGUUGCAGGCAACAUCGCAAACAGCCACGACAGUGGCGGGCCAGUUUGAUCGGUUUGCGUAUACGAUGGAAUGCUUGUUCCCGCUGGUUAUGAAUCUCGCGGAGGUCUUGAACCCUGAGUUGAUUGAAAGCAUCUUGAUCGAAAAGCGAAACCCUAGAAUCUAUUGGGGUACGGCUACCACGGGAAGACCUCACGUUGGAUACUUCCUCGCUGCGCUCAAAAUCGCUCAAUUACUCCGUGCACAAUGCGACGUUGUUGUCCUGCUCGCCGACGUCCAUGCCUUCCUUGACAACUUGAAGGCGCCGCUUGAGCUUGUGGAGAACCGUGCCAAGUACUAUAGCAAGGUUAUCACGGCAAUUCUCGAGUCUGUAGGUGUGCCCACUGAUAAGCUCGAGUUUGUUCUUGGCAGCUCCUACCAAAAAAGCCCCGAAUAUGUCAUGGACGUCUAUCGCUUGUCAAGUUUGAUCUCCGAGUCAGAUGCGAAGAAGGCUGGCGCAGAGGUUGUCAAACAGACCGAGAAUGCUCCUCUGAGUGGUCUUCUCUACCCGGUGCUUCAGGUGCUAGACGAGGAGCAUCUGAAGGUUGAUUGCCAGCUCGGAGGUAUGGACCAGAGGAAGCUCUUCACCGCUGCCACGGAAUGGCUGCCUAAAAUCGGAUAUCGCAAGCGCGCACAUCUCAUCAACCCUAUGAUCAGCGGGUUGAAGGGCGCCAAGAUGAGUUCUAGCGUUGAAGACAGCAAGAUUGAUCUGCUAGACCCACCCGAGAGCAUCUCGAAGAAGAUUCGCAAAGCGGAAGCAACCCCUAAGGUCGUCGAAGAUAACGGAGUCAUCGCACUAGUGGAAUAUGUUCUCCUGCCCGCUGCCGGUCUCAAGGGCAAGAAGGAAUUUCGAGUCGAGCGAAGAGAUCAGGAGCCAUUGGUCUACACCGAUAUCAAGCAACUUGAGGAAGAUUACAUGAACGAUGUCUUAACGCCACAACUCCUGAAGCCUGCUGUAGCACAGGGUCUUAUCGACCUUAUGGCACCUAUACAAGCGGCCUACCAAGCCUCCCCAGAAUGGCAGGAGAUCACUUUGAAGGCCUACCCGCCUCCGGUUGUGGAAAAGAAACAGAAGAAGGUCAAGGACAGGGGCACUCGCUUCCCGGGUGCCAAGGUGCAGCAGGCCCAAACGAACGGUGUUGAAUCUACGGAGAAGUAG